GCACUGACGUGCAAGUGCGUGCAUAUGUGUUGAGGGUACCGGAAUCUUACGAGGCGGAAAAGCUCGAACUCGCGUGUUAAUCUCCUUCGAAAAUGGGGCCAAGUCUUAUAUUCGAGUCGUCAGAGAUGGAACUCGCAGAGAUCGAUUCCGAUGUUCUAAAUUCGGUUUCUCGGGACCAGGACUCCGCAAACGGGAGCUCCAUCGAAGGCGGUGACCAAUCGAGGCUCUCGGAUAUCUCGACCAACCGAUCAGAAUGUUCGAGAAACCAGAUCCUAAGUGACGAGGCAGACUCUCUCUGCAACAGGACGAUCGAUGCGUCUCCGCACAAGGAUUUGAAGUUCGUGAAGUCAAUUCGAACUUCGUGCUCUACGCGCUCCGGCCGAGGAACGGCCUCCCCACCGGUGCGUCCGAACUCCCGGAAUUUCUCCCCCGGAAGAGUGGUUCACUCUGUGCAUCCUGUGCCCAACAUCACCAAUGUGCGUACGAACAGAGCGUACGAGCUGAGAUUCACCGAGAACGCCGAGCACGUGUUGCUCAGGCAAGCGCGACAAGUAUCGUACUGUCUCUAUAUAUCGACUGCCAGAAUUCUUAAGAGAACUCCGGAAGUGCAACUAGGUGCGGGGUUCCCUUGAUGAUCCCUGACCAUCGAUCAGAGACCGCGGGCGUUCGGUAGAAACAAGAGGUUUUUAGAUUCAUAUCUAGUUCUGAAAAACACCGAUAUGACACACUGAUAUAUAUUUUAAUAAAGCACCUGUCAUCGUCGAAUUCGACAG